AUGUGGCUGCAAUUCUACAGCAGCUAUACGGUAGGGGCUAUCCUGUGUCUCUUCCCCCAUCUCAUGGUGGGAAUCUACCAACCAUCCCUCUGUAACAACCAUGCGAUCUGCGCCAUGCGCCCAACUCCCCAGAUCCUGCGCACCCACAAAAAUUCGGCACGGAAUCGCCAGCUUUUUACUUCAGUUGCCCCUAGCACUGGAAACAAACAUUCAGAAGGAAAAAUGGAUCACUGGUCUUGGUCAGAAACGAACAGCUUUCGACUUUUCACCCCUGAGUCCUUGGCAGCAAUUGAGCAAAGAAUUGCUGAGAAAAAAAAGCAGCCAGAGAAAGAAAAAGAGAAGAAUAAGGACCAAGGAGUUGAAGAAGAACAACUUACUCCCCAGCUAGAUCUGAAAAUCUUCAAAAAGCUGCCAUCUCUUUAUGGAGACAUUCCAGCAGAGCUCAUUGGGGAACCCCUGGAGGAUUUGGAUCCAUACUACAGUGAUCACAAGACUUUUAUGGUGCUAAAUAAAAGCAGGACUAUUUUCCGGUUUACUGCCACACCUGCCUUGUGGAUAUUUGGUCCUUUUAAUCGAGUCAGAAAAGCAGCCAUUAAAAUUCUGACCAAUCCAUAUCCUUUUGCUUGGUUUAUUGUAUGUACUGUGUUACUCAAUUGUAUUCUACUGACUGUACGUAAGCUUCCACCAGAACUCGACUGGACUGAAAUUGCUUUUGCUGCCAUAUAUACUACUGAAAUAUUGAUAAAAAUAGUAGCAAGAGGAUUUGUUUGGAAUGAAUUUACCUUUCUUCGAGAUCCAUGGAACUGCUUGGAUCUUUCUAUUAUUAUCAUAAUGUAUAUUACCAUGUUUCAAAAUAUAGGCAAUGUUUCAGCUCUUCGAACUUUCAGAGUACUGAGGACUUUGAAAGCCAUUUCAGUAAUACCAGGUCUGAAAAUCAUUGUAAAUUCACUUGUUGAAUCUGUUAAGAAACUUGCUGAUGUGUUGAUCUUGACUGUAUUUUGCUUGAGUAUAUUUGCUCUGAUAGGCCUCCAGCUUUUUAUGGGCAAUUUAACAUCCAAAUGCGUCCUCAGUAAUACUGUGUACAAUGACUCCUUAUGUAAGGAUCCCAAGAUCUAUGUACCAAGUGAUGAAGAUAUCUGCUACAGAAUACAUGGCUCUUCUGACAUAUUGCUCUGUGGGUUCAGUUCAGAUCCCGAGAAAGAGUGCCCAGAAAACUAUACCUGCCAGAAGAUUGGGCAGAAUCCUGACUUUGGUUAUACAAGUUUUGAUCAUUUUGGCUGGGCCUUCCUCUCUGUAUUCCGUCUGAUGACACAGGAUUCCUGGGAGCGUCUCUACAGACAAGUUAUCCGUACAUCUGGAGUGAUCAGCUUUUUAUUUUUUAUGAUAUUCAACUUUCUCUGCUCCUUUUAUCUCUUCAAUCUGAUCUUGGCUGUGGUAACAAUGGCAUAUGAAGAGCAAAACGCAGCUAGUCUUGAUGAAAGAGAGGCCAAGAAAAAACUACUUCAGGAAGUCCAAGAAAUUUUAGAGAAAGAACAGGAGCUGGCUGCAGGAGAAAGCAGUAAGGUCUUGCAGGCUGGAUCUGAAAUGCCAGUUGCUGACUUGAAAAAUUCAGAAGGAAGAGAGAGUAAUAAGGAAACACCUAUUUUAGGACAAAAUGCAAUUUCCAUUGACCAGAAGAAAGAGGAGGAAAUAUUUCAUUCACAGCCUGGUCACUGCCCCAAGGAGCUUAGGCAGAUCCUGCUGUCCUAUGAUGUGUCAGUGGACUCUAUUAAUGAUCCUUUGCGAAGACAGAGGUUAAUGAGUGCAGCUGCUAUUCUUGCAGAUCUUUCAGGGUCAAAAGAGAAACGUCCUGCAUUGUGGAAACGUUUUGUACAAAAGUGUCUAAUUUGGAAUUGUUGUCCAUUCUGGAGAGCAGUCAAAGAGAAAGUGAAAUUGGUGAUUUUGCAUCCAUUUUUUGAUCUCUUUAUCACAGUUUGCAUUAUCUUAAAUACCUUAAUAAUGGCUAUACAGCACCCUGCCUUGUCAUCAAAUGCCAGAGAACUGAUUAUUAACACUGAUGAGGUAUUCACCCUGAUUUUUACACUAGAAAUGAUCUUGAAAAUCAUUGCUCUAGAUCCCUACUACUAUUUUCAGAACAAGUGGAAUGUUUUUGAUAGCUUGGUUGUUUUGAUUGGCCUACUGAGCUUUGGAACUGAUCUCGCACCUUUCAGUCUGAUCAGAAUAUUCAAAUUGGCAAAGUACUGGCCAGCCUUAAAUACUCUUAUGGAAGUAAUUCUGAACUCAUUUGGUGCUCUGAGUAACCUCACUCUGGUUUUGGCUAUCACUGUAUUUAUUUUCGUUGUAGUAGCAAUGCAGCUUCUGGGCAGUGAUUAUGAAAACAAAAUCCAUAAAAUAAGCACCAGUGGGAAUUUACGCUGGCAUAUGAAGGAUUUCAGUCAUUCAGUCCUGAUUGUGUUCCGAAUAUUAUGUGGAGAAUGGAUUGAAAUGAUGUGGGAAUGUAUGGAAGUGGCUGGAAAAGAGAAAUGUAUUACCAUUUUCUUGCUAGUCCUGGUGAUAGGAAACCUGGUGGUCAUCAACUUAUUCAUUGCCUUGCUGCUGACUUCAUUGAAUACUUAUGCCUCAGGGGGACAAGAGGAACCUGGAGAAGGGAAUAAAUGUCAGAUUGCCCUUGCACGGAUUUACAAGGGCCUGAAGUCUGUGAAAGACAGAAUUCUGGAUCCUUGUGGCAAAAAAUUGAAAGGAAGCCUCAAAAAAGCAGACAAAGAACAGACUUUGGUAGAAAUUUCUGGCACAAACCUAGAGGAUAAUAAUUAUGCCAUGACAGAUGUCAGAAAAUAUAUAGACAACAAUGGCUUUGACAUAGAGUUUCACCAUAAUGAAGAGAAUUCCUCAAUGUCAUGGAAAUACAAAGACAUUUCCAGCAGUCACAGUACCUGUGUUCCCAUUGCAGCAGCAGAGAGUUACAGUGACCAAAGUGAUGAUGAGCACAUUGUAUUCACAGAAACAGAACACAGAAAGCAGGCAGACACAUUAGGACAUCGAGAACAGCGGCGGAGUUCAGGCAGCUUCAGUCAGAUUUCUGGGACUCCUGAAACUAUACAUGUUUUCACAGUAACACACGAAAAGCAAGAGCAAAAAGAGAAAUGUGGUGCUGCUUGUAGCUUUUCUGAAGCCAGCACUGUGGAUCCAGCUGUUGGUCUGGAGAUGUUUUCCCAGACUAAAAACUCACACCUGCCUAAGGACUGUUUUGGAGAAAAUUGUGGUAAAUGUUUCCCAUGUUGUGUAGUGGAUAUCACUAAGUUUCCAGGCAGAACUUGGUGGAACUUCAGGAAAACCUGCUACAGAAUUGUUAAUCACAGCGGGUUUGAAUAUUUUAUGAUUUUUGUGAUAGUAUUGAGCAGCGCAGCACUGCUGUCAUUUGUUUCCUGGGGACUGAAUCCUGAUUCCAAAGAUGUAUCACCUUGUUCCUCCAGGAGUGGCCUGAAAUCUCUCAGGACUCUUAGGGCAUUGAGGCCUCUACGAGCUUUGUCAAGAUUUGAAGGGAUAAAGGUUGUUGUCAAUUCAUUCCUCGGCACUGUCCCCUCAAUCCUCAAUGUUUUGCUCGUCUGUGUUGUCUUUUGGCUCCUAUUUAACAUUCUAGGAGUAAAUUGGCUUGGGAAAAGAUUUUCAAAAUGCAUACUCCAGGAAGGAGAUAUCAAUCUCAUUAAUAACAGAAGUGAUUGUUAUUCCUAUGGUGGAAAAUGGACAAAUUAUCCCGUAAACUUUGAUAAUGUUUGGAUGGGAUAUUUGGCUCUGCUCCAAGUGGCAACUUUUAAAGGUUGGAUGGAGAUUAUGUAUGCAGCAGUGGAUUCACGUGAGAUCGAUGAACAGCCAAAGUUUGAAGCACGCUUACACAUGUACAUAUACUUUGUGGUUUUCAUUAUUUUUGGAUCUUUCUUCAUGCUGAACCUUUUUGUUGGAGUGGUUAUCAACAAUUUUAACCAACAAAGGAAAAAGAUAAGUGGAAAAGAUCUAUUUUUGUCUAAGGAACAGGAAAAAUUCUAUAAGGCCCUAAAAAAACUUGGAUCCAAGAAACCUCAAAAACACAUCCCAAGACCAUCGAAUGCGUUCCUGGGAUUGCUGUUUGAUAUCGUAGAGCACAAAGCAUUUGACAAUACCAUUGUGAUUUUGAUCUGCCUAAACACGGCUGUUAUGAUGGCAGAAAAUAACCAGGGAGGCACCAAGGAAGUUCUUAAUAAAAUCAACUAUUUUUUUGUGGCUAUAUUUACUGCGGAAUGUGCCAUAAAAAUACUGGCCUUAAGACAGCACUACUUCAAAAGCAUCUGGAACUUAUUUGAUUUUAGUGUUGUGGUCCUUUCAAUAGUCAGUAUUGGAGUUUCUGAAGCCUUGCAAAAAUUCUUCCCUCCACCAGUUCUGAGAACCAUUCGUUUGGUUCGAAUUGGCCGAAUCCUGAGACUGGUUCGAAAAGCGAGAGGAAUUCGAACCCUUCUGUUUGCAUUACUGAUGUCUUUUCCUGCACUGGUCAACAUUGGCCUUUUGCUUUUUGUGAUUAUGUUUAUUUAUGCCAUUGUGGGCAUGGCAAACUUUGCGUGUCUUCCCUGGGAAGGUGGGAUUGAUGACAUUUUCAACUUCCAAACCUUUUCUGGUAGCAUUCUCUGUCUCUUCCAAAUUACAACAUCAGCUGGGUGGGAUACUCUUCUGGUCCCUUUGUUAAGUGAAUCUGGUAUGUGUGCUCCCAACUUAGACAUAGAGGAGGAUAAGAAGAUUGAUUGUACAAAUGGAAUGUUUGGUAUUUUAUAUUUUGUAAGCUAUGUCAUUAUAUCAUUUCUCAUUGUUGUAAAUAUGUACAUAGCUGUCAUUUUAGAGAACUUCAAUGUUGCCACUGAAGAAAGCACGUAUCUUCUUUCUGACUAUGAUUUUGAGUUGUUUUAUGAGACAUGGGGAAAAUUUGAUCCUCUGGCAACAGAGUUUAUUGACUAUUCUGCCCUUUCAGACUUUGCAGAUGCUCUGGUAGAACCUUUGCGUGUUCCUAAGCCCAAUACAAUUCAGCUCAUAUCCAUGGACCUCCCUAUAUUUAGUGGAGAUAAGAUCCACCACUUGGAUAUCUUGCAUGCUUUCACUAAAAGGGUCCUAGAAGAGUUUGGACAUGUAGACAGUCUUGAAUUAUUCGUGGAAAAAAAUCCUGUGGUUGGAAAUCCAAUUUCUUCCACUCUUAAACGAAAACAAGAGGAGGUAUCAGCAGUUAUUAUCCAAAGGGCCUUCAGGAGGCAUUUGAUACAACGUUCUUUCAAAAAUACAUCUUUCUUAUGCCAUCACAGACAUAACAGUGCUGCCUUUGGAGAAGAAGCACGGGAGAAACAAAGGCUUACUGUAUCAAUGCUUAAUGAAAGUAGUGACAGGAAGAUACAUAAACCACGGCCUGUUUCUUCCACAUCUUUCCCUUGACUUCAUGAUGCUUCACUCAUCAAGGCUCCCCCACACACCCAGCAACUAGAGACUUUCAAUUCUUUAGCUAUUCUCUCUGCUAAACUUACAAACAAAUUUUUCCCCACGGAACUCUAA